AUGACGCGUCGGACCUCUCGUCUACUUGCCCCCGGCACUCCCGGGCUGGUUGAUGUCUAUGCUGCACAGGACACUAUUGAUGACACCAUGAGUCUAGGUGUACCGGAACAACUACUGACGCCAGAUGCCAGUCGCUCCGAGACUUCAAGCACCAGUGAAAUCGCGUCGACCGAAGACCAGCCUGCUUCCCGGCGUAGGUCAACACGAGUGGUUCGCGCAUCGAUGCGAGCCACCGAGGCACUCGAAAACACCCCUUUAAAGAAAGAUCAGGCCACUACUUCGACAAGUCAGGCUUAUGUCGACAAUCUCGUCAAGUCAAAGCGCUCGCGUUCCGGCCUCAGGCAUAGUAUUGCGGUGAUGGAGUCGUCGUUGUCAGACGAAUCGCCCCUCCCAGCAAUUGGUACGGAAAUGGAAGAUCAACCAAGGGCCCCCGAUACGCCUACCUCCAAAUCUUCCCAGGACGCGCAGGUGGAUGACAUGCAGGAGAGUGUACAGAAUCGCCUGGAAAAGACAUCAACUAAAGAAGAUACAUUGGCCCUGACGGCACUUCAGAAUGCCUCACGCCAAUCUCUACGACGGUCAAAUCGUGUCAGUAUCUUGAGCAAAGCAUCAUAUCUUUUGGACCGGGCCACUAGUGUUCUAGGUAAACGCACAAGAGAUAUGAGCGUUAAGGAGGAACGGAUUAGUCGUCGUGCUAGUCUUCGACCUCGAAAUAUUGCGCCUGUCAAACAAGCCGAGCCGCUCCCGAAUCCACCGAAGACUGCGCCCGAAAAACGACGCGUUUCCGAAAGCGACCUCCUAAAGCUCAAAUCAAAAGAAGUCUCGCCUUCUGAGGAGCCCGCCCCUCAGUCCAUUCCAAGGCCUAGGCCUAAGCCGAAAAUGUGGUUGAACCAUGGCCUUUAUAGUGGGCAAGAAGGAAGCGACUCUCCCCCAAAGCAGCGCAAAAGCAAGAAUUCAGGCAAGACUAGCUCUGAUGUUAGACAGCGGCUCCAUCUUCCUAUGCCCAUCUUUGCUGGAGCUCGACUCGUCAAGAACGGGAGGGACUACGUCUUGCCGUUCGACAUAUUCUCUCCACUUCCAUCAGGCCAGCCGAAGCCCGAUGAGUGGCGUAAGACUAAUAAGAAUGUUUUCGUGGGUGAUGCCGCUGGCGAAUGGAAGGCAAAUAAGAAACUGGAACUGUCGACUUGUAUGUGUGAGAGAGAAACCGGUUGUGAUGAGAAUUGCCAGAAUCGUUACAUGUUCUACGAAUGCGACAGUGGCAACUGCUCACUUGGAUCAGAAUGUGGUAACCGAAAUUUCAGCGAACUGAAGAUUCGAACAAAAGCAGGCGGAAAAUACAAUAUUGGCGUUGAGGUUAUCAAGACUGUAGACCGAGGCUACGGUGUACGGAGUAAUCGCUCCUUUGAACCCAAUCAGAUUAUUGUGGAAUAUACCGGGGAAAUCAUCACGCAGUUCGAGUGUGAAAGAAGGAUGAGGAACGUGUAUAAGAAUAACGAGUGCUACUAUCUGAUGUACUUCGACCAAAACAUGAUUAUCGACGCUACACGCGGCUCCAUUGCUCGUUUCGUCAACCACUCUUGCCAGCCAAAUUGCCGGAUGGAAAAAUGGACGGUUGCUGGGAAGCCACGAAUGGCUCUAUUCGCUGGAGAUCGAGGAGUCAUGACUGGAGAGGAGUUGAGUUAUGACUACAAUUUUGAGUGGGUUCACCUAGGUGAUGCAUUUCAAGAAAGGAAGAAAUUGACUGAUGUUUUUGAUAGCCCUUAUUCCAACAAGAAUGUCCAGGAAUGUCGCUGUGGCGCAGCAAACUGUCGUGGUAUUCUUGGUCCCCGGCCAAAAGAUAGAGACCAGCGUGCCAAACCGGAGGCAGCUGACAGCACCAAGAAGCCUCUGAAAAGCACCGGUACAAAACGGAAACGCACCACAACGGCCGGAACUGCGUCUGUUCAAGCGAAGAAGCGCAAGCUACUUACACCGAAAUCCGUCAAGGCUGGCAUCAAGAAAGCCGCAACCAAAGUCUCAAUUGCACGUAGCAAAACACCAACCACAAAGAAAAGUAAUACUGUGGCUACUUCAACAGUAAAUGGUCAGAGAGGGGCGAAAAGCACGGCGAAGAAAAACGUCAAAUUGCCCACUGUCAAGGCAGCUUCGAGGGUGAAAGCGGCCGUUCAACGAAAGACAGGUCCAACCAAGACAACCUCCAACGUUGCCAAAGGCUCCAAGUCUACGAAAAAAGAGAAAGCUCUCAUCGCUAAGCCCAAUACCAAGGGUAAAUCAAACAAUAAAGAGGCAGGUUCCGGUAAACCUUCCACCGGAAGCAGGCCAUCCAAAAGUUCUGCUAAAGCAAAUACUUCUGCUGCAAAGGCAAAACGGAGCCCAGUCAAAACUGCUACAAAAGCUCAAGGCCUGGGUAACACCGUCAAAAAGGUCGUUCGUCGUGUCGUUCGCCCCGUCAAGACAACCGAAAAGUAA